AUGAUGAAGAAUUCGAGAAGCAAGAAGAAGAUGUUGGAAUGCAACAGCACCAAUUGCCGGAGAAAUAGAGGGGUGUUUUUACAGCCCGAUCCCGACGAAGAUCUUUCUUUCCGGUUCAGUACCGCGUCGGAGUCCGCUAAAGACAGGGGCCGGCCAUCUCCGAUGACCAUGGGAUACUACGACGACGUCGUUUCCUGGGCCGACUCGCCGUUCGCCGGAAGUUCUUUCGAGAACCCGACGUCUCCCGUGUCCAGGUCUCCCUGGCACGCUCAUAGCUCUGCGCCGCCGCCCGCCGCCGCCGACGACGACUGCUACUCCUCCACCGGCCCAAUGGGCUCCCUGGUCCGCGAAGAAGGGCAUAUUUACUCCCUCGCCGCCUCCGGCGAUUUGCUUUAUACCGGCUCGGAUAGCAAGAACAUAAGGGUAUGGAAAAACCAGAAGGAAUUCACGUUCUUCAAAUCCAACAGCGGGUUAGUGAAAGCGAUUAUAAUCGCCGGGGAGAGAAUUUUCACCGGUCAUCAAGACGGGAAAAUCCGAGUCUGGAAAGUCUCCAAUAAGAACCCUAGCGUUCAUAAACGAAUUGGGACUUUACCGACCUUCAAAGCGUGUAUCAAGAAAUCGAUUAAACCUAGCAAUUAUGUGGAGACGAGGAAGAACCAUAACGCCGUUUGGAUCAAACAUUUCGACGCCAUUUCAUCCCUCAUUCUCAGCGAGGAUUCAACGCUCUUGUACUCAUCUUCCUGGGACAAAACCAUUAAAGUAUGGAGAAUAGAGGAUUCCAAGUGCUUAGAAUCGAUCAGCGCUCACGAUGACGCCGUGAAUUCCGUGGUAUUGGGGUUCGACGGGCUAGUAUUUUCCGGGUCGGCCGACGGGUCGGUGAAGGUGUGGCGGCGGGAGUUUAAAGGGAAACGGACAAAACAUUUACUCGUACGAACGUUGUUAAAACAAGAAUGCGCGAUUACGUCUUUGGUUAUUGAUCCUUUGGAUACCCAUAUUUACUGCGGCUCCUCCGACGGGCUGGUGAAUUUCUGGGACCGGAACAUGGACGUGUUGCCGUCGGGGGUAUUGCGCGGCCACAAACUGGCGGUUCUUUGCCUCGCGGCGGCCGGGAAUUUGGUGUUCAGCGGCUCCGCCGACACCAACAUCUGCGUGUGGAGGAGGGACGGCAACGAUCACCUCUGCUUGUCGGUGCUCAACGGCCACGGCGGCCCCGUUAAAUGCCUCGCCGUGGAAGAGGACGGCGCCGGCGCCAACAAAUACUGGAUACUCUACAGCGGCAGCCUUGAUAAGUCGGUGAAGAUAUGGAAGGUGUUGUCGGAAUUGCCCCCCAUGCAAUUCCCACAACAUGCGGCGGCGGUGGCGGCGGGGGCGGAAGCGGGCGGUUUCGCCCCGCCGCAACCCGCGUUGUCGGCCCAAGCUAGCAGAAUACUCCGAAGCAGGCGUGAAUGGUAA